AUGGGGUCGGCUCCGCUUGGCCUCCGCCGGGCGGCCAUGGCGGGCUCUGGGGGCUCUGUUGUUCUCCUGCUCUCCCUGCUCUCCGUCGCGAUGGCGGCGGGAGGCGGCGCUGCGCCGGCCUGGGACGCGGCUGGCUACCUGCUCUACUGCCCCUGCAUGGGUCGGUUCGGGAACCAGGCUGAGCACUUCCUGGGAGCCCUCGCUUUCGCUCGAGCCCUCAACCGGACCUUAGCCGUGCCGCCGUGGAUCGAGUACCGCCACCACCGCCCGCCCUACACCAAUCUGCACGUUCCCUACACGGAGCACUUCCAGCUGGAGCCACUGCGGCAGUACCACCGAGUUAUCCCCUUGGAGGAGUUCAUGGAGAAGCUGGCACCCCUUCACUGGCCCCCUGGCAAGAGAGUGGCUUACUGCUUCGAAGCAGCAGCCCAGAGGAGUGCAGACAAGAGCACCUGCCCCAUGAAGGAUGGAAAUCCCUUUGGACCCUUCUGGGAUCAGUUCCAGGUGGAUUUUGACAAGUCUGAGCUCUUCAAGGGAAUCUCCUUCAAUUCUGCAUACAAAGACCACUGGAUCCAAAGGUUCCCCCCCUCUGAGCACCCUGUGCUUGCCCUGCCUGGAGCUCCAGCCCAGUUUCCAGUCCUGGAGGAGCACCGGCCCCUCCAUAAGUACAUUGUGUGGUCUGAGGACAUGGUGAAGAAAGGAGAAGCCUACAUUGAGUCUCUGCUGGUCAGGCCCUAUGUGGGAAUUCAUCUGAGGAUUGGCUCAGACUGGAAAAAUGCCUGCAAUAUGUUGAAGGAUGGGACAGCUGGGCCCCACUUCAUGGCAUCCCCUCAGUGUGUGGGCUACGACCGCAGCACCACGGUGCCGCUCACCAUGGACAUGUGCCUGCCGGACCUCAGGGAGAUCCAGCGUGCCCUCCAGCUCUGGGUGAAGAAGACAGAGGCCAAAUCUGUUUACAUAGCUACUGAUUCUGAGCCCUACACCAGAGAAAUCCAGCAGCUCUUCCAAGGAAAGGUGAAGGUGGUGAGCCUGCAGCCAGAAGUGCCUCAGGUGGAUCUGUACAUCCUGGGCCAGUCCGACCACUUCAUCGGGAACUGCGUCUCCUCCUUCACCGCCUUCGUGAAGCGGGAGCGCGACGUGCGGGGCAAGCCCUCCUCCUUCUUCGGCAUGGACCACCCCCCCCGGCUGAGGGAUGAGUUCUGAGCAGGCCAGGAGCAGGCUCCAUGCUUCUCAGGGUGCUGAGCUCAGGCCCCUGCCA